AUGCGUAUCGAAGAACUACUGACAGUUUUCUUGAUUACCACCGCAGUUUUCUUCCAAAGUAUGCCACUCGGCUUAGUUCUUUCAUUUGUUCUGACAAUUUAUAUCACGUUUGUAUAUGGAGAUUUCAUUCAUCGCUCUUAUCUAACCCUUAAUCGAGAUCUAAGCGGCUUAUUUCUGAUUCUUGAAAUUAAGUUCGAUUUAUGGAGACGCUUGCGUGAGAACAAAGGUCUUCAUGAAAUAUUUCUCAAUGUUGUCCGAAAGAAUGAAAACAAAACGGCUAUGAUUGAUAUAGAAACUGGCCGUAGCUUCACUUAUGACCAGUUCAACAAAGAAUGUAAUCGAUAUGCCAAUUAUUUCCAAAAACAAGGUUUACGUGCUGGAGAUGUAGUUGCUUUGUUUAUGGAAAACUCAGUUGAUUUCGUUGCGGCUUGGAUGGGUUUGGCCAAAAUUGGAGUUAUAACAGCUUGGAUUAAUAGUAACUUGAAAAAGGAACCAUUGGCUCAUUGCAUUCAAACUAGCAAUGCUAAAGUGAUAGUUUCGAGCAAACUACUUGCCCACGGUCAGUUGUUUCAUUAA